AUGCUACGUUCAAACGGGGACUUCCUUGUUCGAACUACAGAACCCAUGGAAGGAAAACCACGUGUUCUUGUUUUGUCUGUCAUGGUGAGAGAAGAGCGUGAAGAUGAAGGAUCCCAAGAAGUGUUCCUACUCAACCCGAUUGUGCGUCAAAGUUGGGAGCUGUCUUGCAGCAAUGUUAAAAUAUCGAGGAAACUGGGCCAAGGUUCUUUUGGCGAAGUGCAUGCUGGGAAAUUGAGAUUGAGCAACGGAACUAUGAUGACAGUUGCUGUGAAAGUUGUCACGUUGGAAGUUCUGACGAAAGAACAAGUCAGAAGAGUCCUGAAUGAAGCGCGCCUAAUGAGGCAGUUUGACCAUCCGAACGUGAUUAAAUUCUAUGGUGUCGCUGCAGGACAAGAACCUUUUUUGACGAUUAUGGAGCUGGCGGACUGCGGUGCCUUGGAUGUAUACCUACGAAAAAAUGAGCAACCAAUGGAUAAAAAGAACGAAAUGUGUUUGCAAGCAGCUUGGGGAUUGGAAUACUUGCAUGCCAAAAAUGUUCUUCACAUGGAUAUGGCUGCAAGGAACUGUUUAUACGGAGACAAUAAGGUUAAAAUCUCAGAUUUUGGUCUUGCCCACGAAGGUACUUUCUACCAAAUGGAUCCCAGUAAAAGAAUCCCAAUUAGAUGGCUUGCUCCAGAGACGCUAAUAUUGGCUAUCUACACACAGAAGAGCGACGUAUUCUGCUACGGUAUUAUGUGCUGGGAGAUAUACAACAAUGGCAUGGAACCAUACCCGGGAAUGUCCGUCACAGAAGUCAAUCAGUGUGUAAGAACUCGACCAACUUUCUAA